GACCAAUCAGCUGAUUGGAGGGAACAAAACAACCUUUUGAUUUCGUUUUCUUUGUGGAUGGAACUAAACAGUUUUGCUACUCAUUUGGCUAAAUAAAAGCAGAUAUGAGCCAACCUGCAUCUCCUACCAAGUGGCGCACCUCGGCCAGUGUAAUCCUGGUGUCCAGAGAUGAUGGCAAUAACAAAGAUUACAAGGUGCUUAUGCUAAAACGCAGUGAUGCCACGGCGAUUGCGCUCAAUCAGACUGUAUUUCCCGGUGGCCUCUUGGACUCUGGGGCCGAUGAAAGCGUCGCCUGGCUGCACUACCUCGAGGAGUUUGGUGUUCCACAAGAGGCACUACGCCGCCUGGUUCUCAUCCGCGAAGAUCGUCCUGCCAUUCUGGCGCCCCAGGGCACUGGCUGCUACGAUCGGUUCUUUAAGCGUUCCCGCAUUUGGGCUCGGGAGAUUACGCUGCGACUAACCGCCGUGAGGGAAUGCUUUGAAGAGGUGGGUCUGUUGCUUUGCCGGAGUCGGAGUCAACUGGAUUUUGGUGCGGUAACUUGCGCUCAGGCUGUUCCAGACCUGGAGUCGUGGCAGCGAAGGGUGCACAACAAGCCGGCUGAGUUUCUAACUCUCUGCCGCGAGCUAAAUGUAGUUCCAGAUUUGUGGGCUCUGCAUGAGUGGUCUGCCUGGGCGAGUCCAGGAUUCAUACGCAAAGGGCAUGAAACCGUUUUCUUCAUGGCUUUUGUGGACAAGCAGCCCGAAUUGCUGGAAGAACCUUCCGAGGUCAAGGAAACGCUGUGGCUGACACCCGUUGAACUGCUGCGACUGGCUGAUUUGGGCAAUGUUUGGUUCAUGCCACCACAGGUCUACGAAUUGUCCCGGUUGAUGGGAAUUAAGGCGUAUCAAUCCCUGUUGGAAUUUGCCAUCAAGCGCAGCGGAUUGGGAACGACCAUGUUCUUGCCGAUUGGUUAUAACUGCCAGGGCUCUAUGGUUUUCGUCUUACCUGGCGAUGACUUCUAUGUUCCCGAACCUCACUUGGUUCACGAAAUAAUCAGUUUUCCGGGAUCAGAAGAAGAGUUUAGGGCUCGUUCAAAGCAUCUGCAUCGCUAUACCUAUGGUCCUGGUGUUCGAAACUUGGAGUUAAAUAUUGCGCCGCCAAAUGGACACUUGAAACCGCUGAAAUUUCAGGCGGAGCGCCAAAAGCUGUAAUCACAUUCCGUAGCUGGACGGGUGGUGACCCCAGCUGCUAAGCUCUGAUAAGAUGCUAAAUGUGAAUCCUGAAAUGGGGCAGUCACAAAUUGGUGUUUUGAAAUUAUUUUAAGCGGCUUUAGCUGGCCAUCAAAUUAUCACGACGGUGUCUCCUAAGAGCAUUAAUUAUUAUUUUAUGGGACAAUUUUAAUUAAAAAAUGUACAGUUUAAUUUAAAGUUAAGUAAAGGCACUUAGCUUAAGAUGAAGGUGGUCCCGUUCGGGAAUAAACUCUUUAUGGCUAGCACAUCAAAAGCGCAAAUUCAUGCAUAUUUAUGUCCGCCCCUUGAAAACCGCAAAUCAGAGUAGGAAUGAGAAUGGAGUUGAAGAGAGCUUGUGUUGGCUCAGACAGUAUAUAAUUUCAUCCCAUUAGAAAUGCAUUUAAAUCACUUUGUGUGCCGAGACACCCACCCACUCUUCCCAUGUUCAUCGCCACCUGCCGUGUGACUUUGUGCGCUUUACAGCCUUGUCUUCUGAAUCCCAACCAGCCAGCCAGCGCAUCCACCCCCCGACGUGCCGUUUAAAAAUCAAAAUCUCAACGAGCUUCGUUCCCCACUUUUGUUUGCUCCGUGCCCGCUCGACUGUUUAUUAUGCAUUGUAAAGGACCCAGGCAGGACAACCCUCCUCAGGACCUUACAAACGGCCAGAGGGGGUCGAGUUUCAACGGCUGAGGCUGUGUAACAAUUACUUCGUUUAAUUUAACCUUUUGUGGCUGGCUUCCGGCGUUUAUUGUCCUGCUGCUGUUCAUUUAAUAUCGAUUAAUUAUGCUAUUAUGUGGCCCAGCGGAAGUAACCAUUAUGGAGUGUAAUUAAUGAGCACCCCCCCAAGUAUCACGGCAGAGCGAAGAUUGGGAAUGGAGGGUAAAUAUCAUUGUUGCUGAAAAUAGUUUUC